GGAGGGAAGGGCGCGGGCUGGCGGCAUUUCGGGUGCACCCCAUAGCUGCCUGCACCUGGGGAGGGGGCUAGUCAAGGAAUUUGCGGGACUGCAAAACUGGGAAAGUGUGGAAGGAGGAGAAAGGAGCUUCAGGAUGGUACAUGCUAAGAGCUGGACCCUGAAGAAGCAUUUUGAAGGUUACCCUACUAACAGUAACUUUGAGUUGAAGAUAACUGAGCUCCCACCCUUAAAAAAUGGAGAGGUCCUGCUUGAAGCUUUGUUCCUUACCGUGGACCCUUAUAUGAGAGUAGUAGCCAAAAGAUUGAAGGAGGGUGACACGAUGAUGGGGCAACAAGUUGCCAGAGUUGUGGAAAGUAAAAACUCAGCCUUACCAACAGGAACUAUCGUAGUGGCUUUUUCAGGCUGGACAACACACUCCAUUUCUGAUGGGAAAGAACUGGAAAAGCUGCCUACAGAGUGGCCAGACACAUUACCGCUGUCUCUGGCUUUGGGGACAGUUGGCAUGACAGGCCUAACGGCCUACUUUGGCCUACUUGAUAUCUGUGGUGUGAAGGGUGGAGAAACAGUGAUGGUUAACGCAGCAGCAGGAGCAGUGGGCUCUGUUGUUGGGCAGAUAGCUAAACUCAAGGGCUGCAAAGUGGUUGGAGCAGCAGGGUCUGAUGACAAGGUUGCCUACCUUAAAAAAGUAGGAUUUGAUGUUGCCUUUAAUUAUAAGACAGUAGAGUCUUUGGAAGAAACUUUAAAAAAAGCCUCUCCUGAUGGUUAUGAUUGCUAUUUUGAUAAUGUAGGUGGAGAGUUUUCAAACACUGUUAUCUGCCAGAUGAAGAAAUUUGGAAAAAUUGCUAUUUGUGGGGCCAUGUCUACAUAUAACAGUACUGGUCCACCUCCCCCAGGCCCACCCCCAGAAAUCAUCAUCUUUCUGGAACUCCGCAUGGAAGGGUUCAUCGUCACCCGCUGGCAAGGGGAUGUCCGCCAGAAGGCUCUGAAAGACUUGCUGAAAUGGGUCUCAGAGGGUAAAAUCCAAUACCAUGAACACAUCAAAGAAGGAUUUGAAAACAUGCCAGCUGCAUUUAUGGGAAUGCUGAAAGGAGAAAAUUUGGGGAAAACAAUAGUGAAAGCAUGAAAAAGGACACGUGGAAUCUAGAGAUCAUUUGGAUGAUUACUUAAUUUGUGUUUUUCACCAUUUAGUAAAAAUGUUUAUUGCGUUAAUUAUCUAAGAAAUAGCAACUGUAAUGAGUUUGACCUACAAAAUAAAUUUAAGUAUAAACGGUGUAUUAUUAGCAACAGGGAAUGCAAUUUCAGUGAACAAAAACCAGUCACUUGACUGCCUCUACAGAUCCUUCUGCAUUAUGGUAGAAAAUAAUGGCUCUGAAGUCUGAAAGAUUUACUGCCUCUGUGACCUUGAAUUUCUGCUUUUUCAUCUGUAAAGUGAGGAUAAUAACGUCUGCUUCAUAGACAUAUUAUACACUUAUUUAACACAUCAGCGUAAUGCCUGGCAUAUAUUAGGUACUUGAUAAAUGCUAGCUACCUCGCUGCAGAAAUCAGUGAAUUUGAAGUCAUAAGAUUACUACCCCUAUUGCUCAUGAUUAUACCAGAAAAAAAUAAUCAUUGCUAGUGUACAAGAGGUCCCAGGGCCAGCCCACACUGAUCCUUUGCAGGUGAAUCAAAUAAUAUGACAGACCAAGAAAGGAAUCUACUGUUCACAACAGCUAGAAAAAAUACACAGGAAUAUUAAUAGCUUAUAAAAAUUGUGCAAAAUGUAUACAACAAAAGCUUAAAACAUUACUGAGAA